UUGUCCAGGAAAUACAGCUGCAAUAUUGAUAAAGACUUCAGAAGUGAUCCAUCUUUCGUCGAGUUCGCACAAAAUUCAGGUCUUAUCACUCACAGUUCUCAACUUAUUUUAGUAAAGAAAGGUUCAAAGAAUUGAAGCAUGGAAGACAGUUAUGCCUUCGUGCCAAUUCGGCAAGCAAUCGUAUCUGAGGAUGUUCAGAAUAUAAAAACGUUCUUCAUUAACGAAUUUAAUCAAGAUCCAGAAUUUUAUGUUAGAGUUCCCGGAAGAGUUAAUAUAAUUGGCGAGCAUAUUGAUUACUGCGGCUAUCCUGUUCUCCCAAUGGCCAUCCAGAAGAACAUCCUCCUAGCCGUAGCAUCCACAGAAAAUAAGAUUUUGCAGCUCAAAAAUACCCAAAACAACUACAAGCCGUUUAAAUGCUCAAUUGACUCAUUCAAAAUUGAACGACCAGAAGGAAAGGGCCCAGAAUGGCACAAUUAUUUUCUCUGCGGCGUUCUUGGAGCCUUAGAGGAAAUUCAAAGAAAUGGAGGCUGCAAACUCAAAGGUCUGAUGGUGGCUAUCAGUGGAAAUAUUCCGCCUGCAUCCGGGCUCUCGAGUUCUAGUGCCCUUGUAAGUGCAGCAUGUCUCGCCACAAUGCACGCCAACGGGCAACCAUUACAGAAGCAACUACUAGCUACAAUUUCUGCCACCAGUGAACGUCACAUCGGUACUCAGGGUGGUGGCAUGGAUCAAGCCAUUGCAUUCCUAGCACGUCAGGGAUGUGCUCAGUAUAUUGAAUGGGAUCCUCUGCGAGCCACAUCGGUCUCACUGCCACCUCAAACGCUUUUCCUUAUUGCCAAUAGUCUCACCGAAGCUAAUAAGGCUGCCAAAUCUGACUUUAAUCAGCGCGUUGUUGAAUGUCGCCUCGGGUGUCGACUUCUCGCUAAAGUGGUCGGAAGAGAGGACUGGAAGGAUAUUCAGCAAUUUUCACAUCUUCAAAAUAUUCUAGGGUAUUCGCUCAGUGAAAUGGAGACUCUUACUGAGGAGUAUCUUAGUCAAGAGAUUUACAUGCGCAGUGAACUGCUUUCUGUGUUUCAGGUGGACUCUCAGGAGUUUGAAGAAUGCCUGCUAACUCCAAAUACGCGAUUAUCAGAGUCCUUUCGUCUUCGUCAACGAGCCCUUCAUGUACUCCAAGAGGCAGGAAGGGUUACUAAAUUCCGCCAAGCAGCCCAAGUGGGUGACAUUGAGAAAAUGGGUGAACUCAUGAAGGCCUCUCAUGAAAGCCUUUGCCACCAGUAUGAGUGUUCCCAUCAAAAUCUUAAUGAUCUUGUAGCUGCUGUGGGACGAGCAGGGGCCAGUGGAAGACUCACAGGAGCCGGCUGGGGAGGAUGCAUUGUUGCCCUUUGUGAUUCAAUUGACCAGUGCGACAAUGCAAUGCGUGAGCUGAAGAAAUACUUUGCGCAGCGACCCGAAGCCGAGGACCGAAACUUUGAUGAUCUAGUCUUUAUUACAAAUUCACAGCGAGGUGCUGAGGUUUACCUCAACGAUUGCAACUGAAUUUUUACAUAAAAAAAAUUGGGAUUGGAAUUCUUGAAUGCGUCUUGCGGAUGCGUAUUUAAGUUUCCCAAAAUGCAUGUUUUUUCAACAAAAACCAUACAUAUCCUAUUUUAUUUUCUGUAUUUUCUUGUAUUUUUUGUGUGCCUAUACUAUGUAUAAAGUUAUAAAAGAAA